CGGUACACCACCAACAUGUACUCUAAAAUCGCAGUUUUUAGCGCCCUGGUGGCGAUUUGCUCCGCGGGCCUGAUCCUGGAGGAUAGCCAUAACCAAGGGCACGGACAUGCCGUCUCAUCCCAGAGCAUCAUCCGCCACGACCAGCCGUCUCACCACGUAGAGAGCCAUGACAGCCACUACGCGACUCCAGUAGCUCACACCAUUAUUGCACAGAGCUCCCUUGGACAUUCCUAUGAGGAGCAUAGCGCUCCUCUGUUCCACGCCGCUCCCGUCGUCCAUGCCACUCCCGUGGUCCACUCCGCUCCUAUUGUCCACGCUGCACCUAUCGUCCAUCAGACGGCACAGAUCCACCACGCCCCCAUCGUACAACAUGUCGCUCCCGUUACUACCAUCUCCGUUGGACACGAUCAUCAUGAACAUAUCGAAGAACAUGGCCCCGCCAAGUACGAAUACGCCUACUCAGUUGAGGACCCGCACACCGGCGACCACAAGUCCCAGCACGAGACCCGCGACGGCGACGUCGUGAAGGGCGAAUACUCCCUGCUGCAGCCCGAUGGCUCUAUCCGCAAGGUCACCUACACCGCUGACCACCACAACGGUUUCAACGCCAUCGUGCACAACUCUGCGCCGACAGUGCAUGAGCACGCUCCGGCCCAUCACGAUGGGCUCGCCCUCAACGCGUACCAUCAUUGAAUACCCUGCACGUUACCGCACUAUGCACGUAUUUAAUAAAUAUUGUUAUUAUUUAUACACA